UUCUGCACCCGAGCUUUGUUUACAGUCAUCAACCAAUCAGCUGGCCGGUAGAGAGUAGGAGCCAUAUUGUAACUUUGACCUGAGUUUAGUGAAGCGGAAGCAGCUGCAGCAGCUGUGUGUGUGAUAGAACUCCUGAGGUUAUGAGAACUCCUCUCCUCCUUCUCCUCUGGUCUGAGUGAGUUUACAAUAUUCCGACUCGUACUGUUGAACCUGACAUGAACACCAGCAGCUUCCUGGUGUUGGUGCGGAGAGGACACACGCACACGCACACCUUCAGACGAGCUGUUCUCUCAUCGACGGUUCAGUGCCGCCUGCAGUCCACACAGCCGGUCGCUGCAGCCCGGCUGCCCUACAGAGUGAAGGUAUCUGCUGGGAAACGCUACGCCUGGUGUGCUUGUGGACACAGUAAGAAGCAGCCUUUCUGUGAUGGAGCUCACAAGUCUAAAGCUCCGAGUAUCAAUCCUCUACGCUUCACCCCCGAGAAAGACAGGACGGUGAUGCUGUGUGCCUGCAAGCAAACCAAAAACGCACCGUACUGCGACGGCUCACACCUCAGGGUCAUCUUCCAGGAUUUAGUGAAGUCGGUGAAAGGCGUCUUUAAAUGAACAGCAUUCAAGAUGUCUGCCCUGGGAGGCCACGGAGCAGUAACUGUAAUAGAAAUGAAAACAAUGACUUACUAGUAUCUUUGUCUUGUCUCAACAAAGAUACAGACGCUGUGGAGAAGUGAUAUGUAAUUUUGUUCCUCUUCAUAUUUGUCAGACUGAUAUUUUGUCUGUAUAAAUGACAUUGUUUUUUUAUAUACAUAUACGAUUUCGAUGUUAUAUACAAAUGCAUAACCCAUUAAAACAUGCUUUAAAAACAAA